AUGAUAGCGAACGAAAGUGGAAAACCGGUGGCAAACGCACCACCGAAAACGCUCGCAUCAGCCGGCGAACGUACCGGUGGUGUCCCUCGGGACUUGUCCGACCCGACCUCAUCGGAUAUCAACACGGGAACGGUCAAGCGAAGGCCGACCUCACUAGAGGCGAAGGAGAAAACACCCUCGCCAACCGGGGCCGACAGCAGGAGAAUCGAACAGUCCGACACAAAGGAAUCCCUGGCGCAAGAUGAAACACAUCAGCAGAAAGCAAACUCCCUUGAUCAACGGCCGGGGACGCAUAGUGCGAAUGAUUCCGGUGUACUUCAGGAGGGUUCGAAAAAAUCACCCAACGGCCCAACCAUCAGCCCGGAGGCAAUCAAAUCGCACAUCAAUUCAGCACACGCCCAACAAACGACUAUAGACAGAAGGAAAACGUUGAACGAUUCCAAGAUACCCGCUACCAAGGCGACGCGGUUGGACGAGCGGUUGAAAUCCAAACUCAAACCGCCGAGCGUUCUACAAAGGGCAUCAAACCUUACGUCUUCCAAGGGUGACGUUACAAAGAGUUCACCGGGAAUGAAGAGCACAACGACACCCAUUGCGGGUGGAGGUGGUGGUCAGAAGGAGAAGAAAGUUGGCUCCCCUCCUUCCAGUGCGUCCGAAUCGACCGCUUCCUCAGUGCGCUCGCAGAAGAAAGUUUCGUUCAUACCGAACCUGUCGAUGAGUGCCGCGACGGUGUCAGCACCUGGUGGAAACAUUCGUACCAGCGCUGUCAAAACGAUUCUACGCACUCGGGCGCAACAACAAUCACAACAGCAGCACGGUGACAGUGCAGUCGAGUACAAGGAACUGUACCGUGAUUAUCCUCUACCGUUGCCACCCUACCGGGAGCCUCCGCCGGCCCCACCCGCUUCCACCAAUGUGGGAACCAUCGUGAAGCAACGCGCCGAACCGAAACAGAUGCACGAGGAACCGCAACAGUUCGCACCGGAACCGACCAAAAAUGAAGAUGUCAGCACGGUGGUUCGCUCGAAGCUGAAGGGCUUCGGAUUAGGUAAGCUGAUAUCAUCCCACACCGGGCUGGAGCGACGGAACACUAACAAUUACGUCACCUUGCCACCUUCACCGAAAGCGACAGCUAAAACAAUGUCUUCCAAAGGUGAUGCGUUCGUUGGAGGGGACCUGCCGGCUAUUCCUCAGGCUUCUCCGAUGGCGCUUCCGACAGCAUCCGGCGGUGGACAGGAGAAACCGCGACAACCGUCCCCCGAUGAUAUACUAGCGAAGCCCGAGUUUAGCUCCUCGCUGUUCAAGAACAUUCCCGUACGGCAAAAGAAGGGGACGGUCCCACAUCUGGAGAAUUACUGUCUGUUCGAUCCGUCGGUGGAUUUUUUCAACGAAAAGGAGCACAAGAUGCGCGCCAUCCCGGAAGCGGUGGAACUAGCGGACCAGGUGUUGUAUCAGGACCAUCUUAUCUACGAUGCGGUAGUGGAUCGUGAUUCGGACAACUAUUUCACCAUCGAGCCAGAGUCGCUCGAGAUUGAGGUUAAGAAUCGACUGUCGUUGGAGAAGGUGGAGGAAAAGAUCGACGAGAUCUUCAACAAAACACGCACGGCUUCGUCUUCCUCGACGAGUUCGACCAGCGGCUCGAGCCCGGACUAUCCGUCCAUGUUUAAUUCCGUGAUUGAAACACCCUCCUCCAACCUGGAGUCCACCGACGAGAGCGAUUAUGGGUUCCGGAAUAGGCUGAUGGAGAAUUUGAAGGUGUUGGUAGUUCCGAAGUCUAUUUCCGGUUCGAUACCGGAUGAGAAUGCGGAGGUGGAAGAUAUUCCCAACGAGGAGGCCGAACUGGCGGACGCAGCUGCCAACGAACCCAAAAAAUCGCCCUCGUCGUCGUCCGUGUACUACGGGGUAGUGUUAAAGUCAGGCCCCGUCACCUCACGGCUCGAGCGAGUUCAUCAGCAGCAAUCAGUGUCGCUACCGAACUCACCCCUCGUACAGCACCGUCUUCAGCAGCAGUCGAUGAAGCAGCACCGAAAAUGUGAUGAAUCAUCGUCGUCUUCCUCUUCGGCCACCGCAUCACCGCCAGCCGCAACGCACAGUGCGCCCAGCGAAGGGACAACAACCACUGGAACGCUUCUCCGACAGAACACCUUCACGUGUUCCAGCAGCACGCUUGUAGCACCGGUCGGUGAAAGCAUUAGCACCUUCACCGCGCAAGCCCAGGGGACACCGAAGGCAAUCAACACUUUACCCGCAGCGUCUACCUCCAUCACCGAGCAGGACAAAAUGUCCACUCAGAAGAUGGCAAAAAUGAAAUCCGUUACGAGUGUCAUCGCCGGCACGGGUGGUACGGGACGGGUGGCCAAUUUCCUUCCCCUGUUACGCAGUACGUUUGCUUUAGAUCCGCUCAAGUCGAGCUUUUCACUGCCUCAACUUCCAACCGGUGGUGCUAACGGGGGGAGUCGUGUAAGUUCUUGCGCUAAUACCGGUACCGGUGCCAUCAGUAAGGUACAAUCGACGGUAGCUGCUAGUGCACAGCAGCCACGGAAUGGUUCGCUCGAUUCAACGCCGCUGUUUAACCGUUUGCGGAAACGGGAACGUCCGCUUUCGAACCAUAGUGAUGCUGACAGUGGCUUCCUGAGUCCUGCCACACCGCCCGAUUCGAACGGUGCGUCCAUCCUGGCCGCUUGUGAUGAAGUGCUGGAUCAAGCCUCGCAAGGCGUUGGAACAGCUCAGUCGACCUCGCAGGAUGCGGUUGUUUUGGAGCAGUGCGAUAGCAUCCAGGAGCUGAUACAGAUCUACACCGACUGGGCCAACUAUUAUCUCGAACGGGCCAAGUCGAAACGGAAGGUAUCCGACCUGUCCGCCGACUGCCGCGAUGGACUACUGCUGGCAGAGGUAAUCGAAGCCGUCACCACCUUCAAAGUACCUGAUUUGGUGAAGAAACCAAAAACUCCUCAACACAUGUACGAUAACGUGAACUCGUGCCUCACGGUUCUAAAAUUGCAUCAGGUUGGCGGCUUAGAAUCGGUCACUCCGAAUGACAUCUGCAGCGGACGGUUAAAGGCUGUGCUGUCGCUCUUCUUCGCUUUGAGUCGAUACAAACAAGCGACGAAGCAGAAAUCCUCCCUACAGCUACAACCACCGCAACUGCAUCAACAGCAGCAACAGCAACCUCAACAGCAACUGCCACAGCAACAUCAAACGAAAGUCGAAAUCCAUGCCGUCCCUGCCGAAAUGACGAAUCGACAACUUCCGGUGCCGUACGCUAAGACGGGUGUUAAUGGCGGCACAGCGAUACCACUGCCGGCUACCGUGCAGGUCACGAGACGAUGUCCACCGGACAAAGUGCGUCCACUGCCACCGACACCGAACCAACAGACGGGAUUGCUUCAUGGUGGGUUGCAGAAGCAUACGCUUGGCGCCGGUGGCAUCCACAACAGUACACCCUCCGACGGCAAUAGCUGCCCUGGGAGCCCGCAGCAUCACAACGGCACGGCGAUAAUCACACAAAUCCCGAAGGGAAACAAUAGCCUACGCCUCCCGCAGGCGACCAACUGCAAAAUUCCAGCCAGCCCCUACUCGGUCUCGAAUACUUUGCAGCACAACAAUCAUCACAACAAUAACAACAACACUAUUACGCUGAUUCCGAAUGGUAACGUGACGAACAUUCCCACCAAUCCGGCCCAACAGCAACAACAGCACCAGAAACAUUCGAUGCUAGACAAGUUUAAGCUGUUCAACAGCAAGGAAAAGCAGGACCGUGCUGCCCAGAAGUCACAGAUCUCCAAGCGCACGAGUUCGAGCAGUGGGUUCUCCUCGGCCCGCAGUGAACGAAGCGAUUCCAGUCUCAGCCUCGACAAUGGGCACCACCAGGGAACGUUACAGCCGACGGUCGUUCCCACGUCCGCCAUCCCUGGCGCAAAGAUCAAAGAGUCCGGUCUGAAGAAGCUUGAUUCGAGCGCCAAGUCAUCACCAUCGUCCUCCCUGAGCAAAUCGUCCUCCAAACUCAUAUCAUCCAAAUCGAGCUCGAAAGAAUCGUCCAAAGCGGCGGCCAAGGCUGCUGCCGCUGCGGAAAAACAACGGCAAAAGGAUCCGGGUGGUGCGCAGGACUCACCCCAAACGCACAUUCCGCUCGCACCGCAGAAAGCGCAGAAAAUUCCGAUGGCGACAACCGUGACGACGACCUCGCUGGCGACGGGUGCUGCCGGUGCGUCGGCGAUGGCAUCGGCGAAGGUGCAAGCGCAAGAUUCGUCCCGGCUCAAACUUGCCACCGUGGGUAGUGCGGGUCGAAAACUGGACGCCAAAUCUGAAAGUAAAACUAGUUUACUCCAGCCGCAGAUGAUGGUGCCACAGUCCCCGAAAACGAUGGUGCCUCCGCAGCAACAGCAGCACCAGCAGCAACAGCAACAGAUGCAACAGUCAGCAGUUGGCACCGGUAUUCCGAAACCGAUGGCCGCAAUCAAGGGAACGAGCAAACCGACGCAGCUGCUCUCAUCGACCGCUGGCAGUGGGAAGGAGGAACUAACCGUGUGUAAGCCGGUCGUCGGUGCAAUCGUACAGCAGCAGAUGCCAAACAACAACAACUCCAACGGGGCGAUCAGUGUCAGUGGUAACAACAACACCAUGAUGGGUCAGCUUCUCCUUCAGCAGCAGCAACAACAGCUGAUCGCGAAUGGGGCUAGUAACGGUAGCGGCGCCAUGUCCGACAGUAUGCACUCGAACUCCACGCAAGGUGCCUCGAUGGGACAACACUCGACCAACUCGAGCGAAACGUCCAGUGUCGUUGCAUAUCGUCCCAGCUCAGAGUCGGGCUCGGAACAACUCCUUCAAUCACCUCAAAAACUGCACCCCGUCAAUGGUGCUGCGGGACCGCUCCUGUACGGUGGUCAACCGGAUGUAAACCUCAACAGUAGUAACAACGGUAGCAGCAGUCCGGGCGCCGGACAUGUCUUCCAUAAUGGCAAUGGUAAUCUGCAUCACAGCAAUAACAAUCACAGCAACACCAAUGCCACCAACAACAAUAAUAACUUCAACAAGUUCCACACCGUACCGACGAAGAUGCUCAACACGGGUAGCCCCGUUGCCGGGAACCCGACAACGAUCUACGAGCAGGAGGAAAAGCAAAUCACCGUGCUUCCGAUGCGACCGCUACUUCGCGGGUACAACAGUCACGUCACGUUGCCGACUCGCGGUACCCGUGGUCAUCAUCCACACCAUCCGCAUGUCCACCAUCACCAGCUAAUGACGGCUGAUUACUGUGAAGACUUCAACGGUCAGGGUGGCGGCUACUGCAGCGAUGGUGACGCACUGCGUAAGAUCCCGGCCCGCUACUCGGACAACAUCGACAACGGUUACCUUUCCGAGGGUGGUGGUGGUGGUGGUGGCGGAGGUGCCAGCAUCCUGACAAGUGCAGGCCGUCAGCAGCACGCAUCCUACAUCAGUUCGCUGCGGGCCCGCACCCAACUUCCAACGACCAUCGAAGAACGAUGUCGUAGCAGUCGUGGCGAUCAUCUGGACAGUGUGGGAACGAACCCACCUGCAAUGGAGCACUCACAUGUCAACGGCAAGAGCAGCGCACGUCAUAGCAGCGGAAGUACGGUUGGACCGAACGGGCGCGAAUACUGGGGCAAGCUGCCGGAACCAUCCAACAGCCACCACAGCUCACAGCCACCGAGCCCGACCGCUUCGCGCAAGGACAAGACCGGUUCGAGCCCGAGCCAGUCGCGUCGAAGCACACCAUCUUCGAAGGGUAGCUCGAGCCGUACCAAGGUGGCCGGUGUCCCGCAGAGCUUCGGCUAUAUUAAGCGAACGAACGGAGGCGGUGGCUCCACCAUGCCGGGACUAGAUCCACACCAGCAACAGCAGCAACAGCAACAGGGACAAAAUCUGCUCACCGGUGGACGAACGGCACACGUUUCGGCCGUGCCAAGAUCCAGCAAGCUGAAGGUAUCCGGUGGCACACAAACCACCACCGCCGACUUCCAAGCUAAAGUCCAACAACACCCCCAGUAUCGAAGCUUCUCGCUCACGGGACCCGGUGCGGCACAGCUUAGCCAGUCGGUGAAAGAAAGGUUUGGCUCCGGGACGCACAGUUUGCCUAAGCCCGGUCUAGAUAUGCAUGUCUUCCAACAUAGAAUGUCCAAUCGCGCCUCCGCCAAGCUUACCGACGGUAGCCUCUCCGACACGCAGACAUAUGCGGAGGUAAAGCCCGACUACGGUUCGUACGCCAUGUGGUUGAAGCACUCGAACACGGCCAGCAGCCGGCUGUCGGAGGGUGACACACUGGAUGCGAUCUCACUCGGCACUGCACCGUCGGCCGCGGUCGCAGCGGUGACCGGAUCACCCGGUGCCGUCACCAGACCACACAAGCUGCUGCAUCAUACGCGCGGUGAAACACAGCAGCCCCAUCUACACCAACAGUUGGCCACCACAAACAGUCCGCGUCUGAACCGUAGUAACAGCAUCAGCUAUCUGAAAGAGAGGACCUACCCCAGAUCAACCAAAUCAGAGAAAAUGUAUCCCUCGAUGUUGAGCCGUGGCCCGGACGUGGAGAUUGAACCGUACUAUUGUCUUCCCGUCGGUACCGUUGUACACGCGCCCAACGGAGGCAUGGUCCCGUGGAGCCAACCGACCUCUCCGACACCGCCGGCCCGUGGGUUCGGUGGGUUGCUUUCACCGACCCACACCGGUAGUGGAACCGGGGGUAGCCGGUUAACCUAUCCGAAGAAGAACGAUGAAGUGCACGGCAGCCAGGCGUCGCUGCUUUCCGGAGGUUCAUCCUUAUACGGUUCCACCGAGGAACGGCAGGCGGGAGAGGUGCGUCGCCUAAAGCGCGAACUGGCCGACGCCCGGGACCAAGUCAUGAGUCUUUCCAGUCAGCUGUCAACAAACGCUCAUGUGGUGGCUGCGUUCGAGCAGAGUCUUUCAAAUAUGACCCACAGACUGCAAUCGCUUACGGCGACGACGGAGAAGAAGGAUAGCGAAAUUUUGGACAUGCGCCAAACGAUAGAGCUGCUGCGGAAGCAAUCGAUCCAGGCCGGUUUAACUACCGCCCAUAUGCAGAGUAUGGGCGUACAAGUUAAUGGACAGGUCAACGGAACGGCGAUCGCAGCUGAGCAGACGAAAACGACGACGACCGGUACGGCCAACAAAGCGGUAGCAUCGAAUGCUACCGGCUCGGCGGCAUCAGCACCGGCCGGUGCAGAAAUGCAACGGCACCAUAGUUCCGAUUCUAUGUGCUCGUUGAAUUCGGUCAGUUCCGGCUGUUCUGCCCAGGACAAGAGCAAACAGAAGAAGAAGGGAUGGCUCCGAAGCUCGUUUACCAAAGCCUUUUCGCGCAAUGCCAAAAUCUCCAAAACCAAUCGCCACGUAACGGCGGGUAGCAACAAUAAUGGAUCGACGGCCGGUACGGUGACGGAUAGCGGCAAUCAUCACCAUCAUCAUCACCACCACCAUCAUCAUCAUGGGUCGGUGUUGGAGAAUGGAACAACCACCACGACGACCAUGGGGGGUCCAUUGAAUGGGGUUGGUGGUCUGAAACAGUCCGGAAUUCCACCACCGCCAGGUGCAGGACUGCCACCUCCUUCACCAACCAAAGGUAGUCCGCACAAGACGGUGACCGUCAUUGACAAUGCCAAACCGGUCGAUGCCAUCGAGCUGAAUGGAAACCCCAUGGUGGAAGAUCUCAAGAAGCAGCUGCGCGAAAAGGAUCUUGUGCUUACCGACAUCAGGCUGGAAGCACUCAGCUCCGCAUCACAGCUUGAAAGCCUGAAAGAUACGGUGAUGAAGAUGCGUCAGGAAAUGAUGAACCUCAAGCAGAACAAUGAACGGCUGCAGCGGCUCGUAACGACACGCUCGCUGGCCGGCAGUGAGGUAUCGCUCGGUCCCGUCAGUCCGAGCGGUUCAAUCGGAGAGCCACGCCGGUACAGUCUGGCGGCCGAUAACGGUCUGAGCAGAGCCCCGCUCGAGCUACCGCAGAAUCUUGACGAAACGGAAGAAGACAAUAUCCCGCCCGCGCCCGCACCGGAACCACCGCCAGCACCACUCAGUCCGGCCAUUAUUGCCGAACUUUCGCCCACGAUCGAGCGUGCGGCAAUGGUGAACGAGAUUCUCACAACACCCGCCGAAGACGUGGCCGAUCCGGUAGAUGGGAAGAAGAUUUCCAUCGCCGUCUACCUGGGGCAGCCCGAAUCCUUCCCAAAGUACGCGGAAGAGAUGAACGAAUGUGAUAACUACUACCACUCAUCGCCGGACGAUGAGCUGGGUGGCGAGAAGUCGGAAGCAAACGGUGAGAAAGGACCGAAAUCGUCUUCAUUCUCCAUCGGCAAUGGUGUGGAAACGAACGAGUUUGUCAUUGCGUACACGUACAUAUCGGGCAAAACGACCUGGCAAAAUCUGGACUACAUCGUGCGCAAAACAUUCAAGGACUAUCUGUCGCGGAUCGAUCCGGGAACGAACCUGGGUUUGAAUACGGAUUCCAUCACGUCCUACCAUCUUGGAGAGGCGAAGCGUGGGCCGGAGAUGGGCUUCCCGGAACUGUUACCGUGCGGGUACAUCAUCGGCAAUGUGAAGACACUGUACAUAUGUCUGCAGGGUGUCGGAAGCCUCGCGUUCGAUAGUUUGAUCCUGCGGAACAUUGUCCAUCGGUACAUUUCGCUGUUGACGGAACAUCGGCGAUUGAUUCUUUGUGGACCAAGCGGUACCGGGAAGUCGUAUCUAGCGCGCAAACUCGCCGAGUUCCUUGUGGCAAGAGCGGGUCGUGAUAAUCCGAUUGAGGCGAUAGCGACGUUCAAUGUCGAUCACAAAUCUUCAAAGGAACUGCAGCAAUAUCUUGGCCACAUCGCUGAACAGGCCUCGAUGUCUAAUGGAGCAGCAGAAGAACUACCAGCAGUAAUUAUUCUGGAUAAUCUCCAUCAUGCUUCGGCGCUUGGAGAUGUGUUUUCCUGUCUGCUUAGUGCCACAGCCGCCAAGCUACCGUGCAUCAUAGGAACGAUGUCGCAAGCGACGUGCAACACGACCAACCUUCAACUUCACCACAAUUUCCGAUGGGUACUCACAGCGAACCAUAUGGAACCGGUGAAAGGGUUCUUGGGUCGAUUCCUGCGCCGAAAGUUGUUCUCCGUGGAGUUGCAAAACCAGCAACAGCAGCCACAGCUCGAAAAGGUGCUGAAAUGGUUGCCAACCGUCUGGCAGCACAUAAACAGCUUCCUGGAGACACACAGCUCCAGCGAUGUUACGAUCGGUCCCCGAUUGUUCCUCUCCUGUCCGAUGAAUCUACCCGAUUCACAGGUAUGGUUCACGGACGUUUGGAACUAUCAUCUGGCACCGUAUCUGAUGGACGCCGUUCGGGAAGGUGUUCAGCUGUACGGUCGUCGUGGUGGUGCGUGGGUUGAUCCCUGCACGUACAUUCGCGAAACGUACCCGUGGCCAGUCGGUCCGACGACGGUACCGCAGCUCCGUCAAAUCACGGCCGAUGACGUGGGCCUGGAGGCAAGCGCACCGGGAAAUGCGGAGAAUCAAGAUCCACUGUUGAACAUGCUGAUGCGUCUGCAGGAAGCGGCCAACUAUAAUGGUAAUGCGGAACAGGACUCCGAUUGUGCUAGCUUAGAUUCGAACAUGACGCACGAUAGUUCGGCUGGUGCGGAGUAA